AUGAUGGAGAAAGGGCCCCCCAACUCCAGCGAGGGCCAGCAGGGCUGGUUCUCAGCCAGGAAUGGCAGUGGCAGCUCCUUGGAUCUGGAGUCCGUGGUGCAGCCCCUCGCGCUGAACCCGUGGGACGUUGUGCUCUGCGCCUCGGGCACCAUCAUCUCGUGUGAGAACGCCAUCGUGGUGGUGGUCAUCUUCUACAGCCCGGCCUUCCGCGCCCCCAUGUUCCUCCUGAUCGGCAGCCUGGCCACAGCCGACCUGCUGGCGGGUCUGGGGCUGAUCCUGCACUUUGCCUUCGUGUACCUCAUCCCGUCGGAGGCGGUGAGCCUGCUCACCGUGGGGCUCCUGGUCACCUCCUUCACGGCCAGCGUCAGCAGCCUGCUGACCAUCACCAUCGACCGCUACCUGUCCCUCUACAACGCCCUGACCUACUACUCGGACAGGACGGUCACCAGGACUUACAUCAUGCUGCUCCUCACCUGGGGAGCCUCCAUCUGCUGCGGGCUGCUGCCCGUGCUGGGCUGGAACUGCCUGCAGGAGCCCUCGGCCUGCAGCAUCGUCCGCCCGCUCACCAAGAGCCACCUGAGCAUCCUGUCCGUGUCGUUCCUGGCGGUGUUCGCGGUGAUGCUCCAGCUGUACGUGCACAUCUGUCGCAUCGUGUGCCGGCACGCGCAGCAGAUCGCCGUGCAGAGGCAUUUCCUGGCCAGCUCCCACGACGUGACGGCCCGCAAGGCCAUCGCCACCCUGGCCGUCAUCCUGGGCACCUUCGCGUCCUGCUGGCUGCCCUUCGCCGUCUACGGGCUGCUGGGCGACGCCGGCUCCCCGGCGCUCUACACCCACAUCACGCUGCUCCCCGCCACCUGCAGCUCCCUGCUGAACCCCGUCAUCUACGCCUUCCGGAACCAGGAGAUCCAGAAGGUGCUGUGGGCCGUGUGCUGCGGCUGCUGCUCCUCCGCGCCGCCUUUCCGCUCCCGCUCCCCCAGUGACGUCUGA